AUGGCUUUCGCCGGGCUGGUGACUAUGGUCAUCGUCCUCAAUGCAAGUCCUACAAUCGGAGAGUGCUACGGUGCCUUAGUCGAGUUGUUGCCCUGCGCAACGUUCGUGAUGGGCCCCGGCUUACGGCAGCCUCCUGAAAUGUGCUGCUCAGGAAUGCAGCAUGUGGUUGCUGGAGCUGAUACCACUGAGAAGCGCAGGAGUCUUUGCCAAUGUCUGAAAGACCAUGCUGUUGCUGCUAGCGUUAAAGUCGACCCUGCAAAAAUUAAGCACGCUACUGAGGUUUGUGGUGUCGAAAUUCCUAUUCUAUUGGAUCCCAAUGUCGACUGCAGCAAAAUUGAUGCGUUUGAAAGGGACCAAGUAGAACUUGAUGAUUAA